AUGCCACUGCCACCCGUCGAACGGUACCGGCAAACAAAGAAGUCUCGUGUUGAGGAGGACGCGGGCGCGGGCCCUUCCAGUUCCAAUUCGGCUUAUUAUGACUAUCACUCCGAUAGUGACGCGCUGCUGAGCCCUGAGGACCUGAAGGCAGAUCGUGAGCAGUUCCUCAGGGCCACGGAAGAACAACGCAAAACGGUCACACAUAUUGUGCGCGAAAUGACGCAAAUAUGCAAAAAAUGCCCGGAAAUUCUACAGCGGAUCCUCUGCACAUUGGGCCCGUUUUUCCCGGGCAUGGUGAAAGAUCCGCGCGCGGUGUUUGAAGAACAGGAGCAGUGGAACAUAAAGACAGUGGGUAUCCGCAAUGAGUCCGAUGAAGUUGUCGGGUUUUUAUGGCAUCGGGGCUUAGAGGCAGGCAUUCGAGCACAGAAGCGAAACGAGAAGCGAAACGUGGACUAUUAUUUGCAUGUGGACAAGGUGCCGUUGGCGCAGUUAGGCCACCCAUAUUUUCAGGCAUGGGUUGUCCAUGCACAACUAUUAGACGCCAACGGAGAGCCGGAAGAACCAUUUGCGGUUACCGCUUUCUGCGGUAACGUUAAGCCGGACGCACCAAUUCUCAUGAGACGAGCGUGCGAAGAGGCGUACAACUUGCGUGGCAAAAACAUGCAAACGCAAGCUGUGCUGGCCGAUGCAGAGGCACGUGCGCUCGUAAAAGACAUACACACGCUUUGUUGCAGCAUUCAGACCUUACCGGAUCAAAUCACCGGCACGUGCGUGUGCCUCAUUAGUGGUGAUAAGCGAAGCCUCAACGCGAAUAUCGGUGCGUCGUUACACUUCAAAAAGGAGUUUGUCAGCUCGCGGUGGUGUCAAUCGAAAAUUGGUAUCUGCAAAUCUGCCGCGCAUACCAACACUGACGAGGACGCACGAAUAUUCUACGUGGAGGGUUAUUUCGUUCCUGAGAAGUUCCACAUUUGCACCUAUAUAUACGAGCACUACUGUAAAGGCACGGCCAACUUGUUCGUGACCAACUUGAAUGCCUCCUAUAUACUAGAGCAAUUCACCGCAGAAAUGCGUUACCUCGUGCAGCAUGCAGAUCUGGUGUUUGGCAAUCUAGCAGAGUUCGUGGCCCUGGCCCACAUCUACCAGUGCGGUGACGUGGAUGAAUUGGCCCGCACGCUCAUCAAACAGUAUCGGAAGCAUAAACGCAGCAAAAUACUCAUUGCCACCGAUGGUUGCAGAAGCGUGCGCUUAUAUCACGGGGCCGGAUCAAAGUUCACCGCAGUAAACUUCCCGGUGCCGGUAAUACCCACAAACUUAGUCAUCGAUACAACCGGCGCUGGCGACUCGUUCGUGGCCGGUUUUCUGUACAAAUUCAUGAACGACGCGAGCCCCACGCUAGCGGACUGUGUUCGAUACGGAUGCAAGGUGGCGGGAAAAGUGAUCCGUCAAGUGGGGUGCAAUUUGCCUGCUAGCGUUCCCUCUUCACCGGUUGGUUCGCCCUCGCAGGGCAACGGAAGGCUGCCGUAGAUGUCCGAUGGUCUCUCCGACGAACACGGAUCUAUUUAUUCGCUGGUUUUUAGCCACAAUUCAUUCCCUUCGUUACUACGUGCACGGUACUUAACGCUUUUACAUUGGUGCUUGUUAGCGCAUUACGGCGGGAAGGGAAGUAAUUGUACAGAUAGGUGUCCUGUUAUGUUUUUCAAACGUUAUGAGAGAAAUGUUUCUUGUGAACGGGUACUGCAUGCUUGGCGUAGAACAAAAUAAAUUAUAAUGCUCUCUAUGA